CAUCAGUGCUUGUAUCUGCUGUGUUCAGGUUCAGGUUUUGAUGCUGAAUAUAAGCUGCAGUGUUUCUGUAUCAAUCUGCUUUAAGUUUAGUGUGACUUUAUCUCCACACUGACUUAUGACUGACACGAGUCUGUCCUCAGUGAAGUGUCUCUUCACGCUGGAGGAGGAGUCCCGCUCAUCAGCGCUGACACUUUAUUGAUAUAUAUGGAGAAAAUAAAAAUGCUGCUUUCUGAUUUGUCACUGAUUGUGUUUGAUGAUUUCCUCUGUUGUGUCUAAUAAGGUAACAGUGAGUGUCAUUGGCAGCUGUGAGUCUCUCUCUCUCUUUAGGGGGCUGACAGGAGCCAGUUUCUUCAGUGUGUUUGAGGGAGCAGACGAGAAACUUGUGCUGACAGAGUCAAACAGACGGUGUGACGAGCAGAAGAAGAUGGAGGGAUGUGUGACACUCAUUUUACUCUCCUCUAUGAUCACUAUAACCACAUCUGACUUCAAAACUGUUAGGUUGGUCAGUGACCACAGUCUCUGUGCUGGUCGAGUGGAGGUUCAUCAUGAUGGUCAGUGGGGAACAGUGUGUGAUGAUGACUGGGAUAUGAAUGAUGCUGCAGUGGUGUGUAGAGAACUGGACUGUGGAGAGGCUGUAGAGGCUCUGGAUGAGGCUCGUUUUGGACAAGGAUCAGGACCAAUCUGGAUGGAUGAUGUGGACUGUAGUGGAUCAGAGUCAACAUUGAAGAACUGUACAUCAGGAGGAUGGGGUGUUAAUGACUGUGGUCAUGGUGAAGAUGCUGGAGUCAGAUGCUCUGGUGAGCUGCUCCAUACAUUACACUGUUACUGCAACACUCAUCAGACUUUCAUCCAUUCAGACACCAUAUAUGAAUUGUAA